GUGGCGGCGGCGGCGGCUGAAGGGCAGCGGCGGCGAUGGGCGCUGCGGGCUGAUCGGUAAAGAUGGAAAGAGGGAGAGGAGGAGGAGGAGGAAGGAACCUGGGAGGCUCUGGCCUGCACAGGAACAUUUAUUCCCAGUCCCAGCAGCAGUACCACUACCCGGCCUCCUCCCAGGGGAGCUGCAUGGAGAUCCAGGAGCUGGCCUCCAAGAGGGUGGACAUCCAAAAGAAGCGGUUUUAUCUGGAUGUGAAGCAGAGCUCCCGUGGCCGCUUCCUGAAGAUCGCCGAGGUCUGGAUAGGAAGGGGCAGGCAGGACAACAUCAGGAAGAGCAAGCUGACCCUCUCCCUGUCGGUGGCCGCCGAGCUGAAGGACUGCCUGGGGGACUUCAUCGAGCACUACGCCCACCUGGGCCUGAAGGGCGGCCAUGGGCACCGGCACGAGCACAGCAAUGACAAGGAGCAACAUCCCCGGAGGCGGCCGCACCACCCGCCGCCCUCGCCCCCGGCCUCCGUGGGCUCCGAAGAGCCCCCUCACAGCGUCCUCAAAACGGAGUACAUCGAGAGGGACAACAGGAAGUACUACCUGGACCUGAAGGAGAACCAGCGCGGGCGCUUCCUGCGGAUUAGGCAGACCAUGAGCAGGGGACCUGGCAUGAUGGGCUACUUUGGCCACGGCUUGGGACAGGAGCAGACGAUCGUCCUGCCGGCGCAAGGCAUGAUCGAGUUCAGGGAUGCUUUGGUGCAGCUGAUUGAAGAGUAUGGCGAGGGGGACAUAGAGGAUCGCCGGGGGGGAGGUGAGGAGCCCCCGGAGCUGCCCGAGGGCACCUCCUUCCGAGUGGACAACAAGCGCUUCUACUUCGACGUGGGAUCCAACAGGUACGGCAUCUUCCUGAAGGUAAGUGAGGUGAGGCCGCCCUACCGUAACACCAUCACAGUUCCCUACAAAGCAUGGACACGGUUCGGGGAAAAUUUUAUCAAGUACGAAGAAGAGAUGAGGAGAAUUUACAACAGCCAUAAAGAGAAAAGAAUGGAUGCCAGAGGGGACAGUGGUGAAGAGCAAGAGGGUCUGGAAUAGAGUGCAUUGGACGAUUAACCAAACAAAGCAAGCAGAAAUUGGUGAGAGGGACUGACCUAUAGUAAUUCCAAGUUGCCCCAGUUUUUUGUAAAGUCCUUUUCUGGUAGUUCUUGGUAACUCCAGUAUAUAAUGUUAUAGGAGUCUGGUUAUGACGUUAAACUAUGCCCAAAACAUCUCCGUGUGUCUUAGAAAAGGACCAACCUCCCAAGUCCGUAUGAGUCAGCUGCUUCCAGUGUUGGAGACUGUGGAAGUACAAGUAUCAGCACAAACAAAAUCCGGCACCCUGACCUUUAAAUAGUCUAGAAAAGGCUUGUGUUGCACUUAAACAUGAUACAAAAGUACCCCUGCCCUGAACCUUACCAUGAAAUGUAUCAGUUUCUGCUUAUCACCAGUUUUUCAGGACUGGCUUCUGCCCGUGCCCGGUCUGAAGGCCAAGCAGCCCUGUUGUAGAGCAUUUAUGGCAAAAAUCGGCUCCACGUGAAUCUCUGGUCUGUGUGUGAGGAGGGAGAGAGGUUUAAAAGUUGACAUCUCCUGGUUGUUGAGUUGGAAACGAUAGUCUGUUUAUGGGUAAAGUCCUGAUAACCCAUCAGACCUCAGUCACAUGCCAGUGAAGGGCAGAAGAGCUGUUGUUCAUCCCGUAGUUUUGUGCUGACCAGAUCACCUGAGUACCCCAGGACAGCAGAGUGCUCAGCCUCCUGAAUUAAUGGCAGUGAAUGAUAACCCACUCCUCAUCUCCAUGUUCUGCCCCUUAGAGGCUGGUGAUCUUUUUUUUUUAUUUUAUUUUUAACGCAUUUUGUCCGAAAUUUCAGAAGGUAUUUUUGUAUUAGGCGUGGAGCGGGUGUUGGGAGGUGGAAGGAAUGCUGUGGCCGAGACGCCCGGCUCCUCUCCCAGACUGACGUGAUUCGGGAUGUGACCUGGGCGAGGAAAGCCUUUGGGUGUUUUCCUCCUCCUGCCAUGGGAAGACCUUUGGGGUGUUGGGUGCGCCACUGGAUUCGUGUAGAAAGGCAUCUCUGUCACGCUCGCUCGUGGCGCAUUUUGGAAGCUGUGGUGGACGCCCCGUUGGUUUUUCUGUUGUGCUGGUUGUGGGUGGUGCUGGGGAGACAACAUCCGUGCCCUGCCAUCACCACCUUCCCCCCCAGCUCGGAGCUGGAGCUGUCCUUGAGCCGCUCCAGUCCCGAUCUCGCCUGCCUGCCCCAAGGUUUUGCUGUCAUCCUGGAGUCUUUGUGAUGUAAUUUUAAAUCUCGUGAUAUUAACUCUCUGCCUGGAGGGAGAAUGUGUGCAAUUACCUGGUUGGGAGGUUGGUGAAAGAUUCUGUGUUUCUUAAAACAUGAAUAUUUAUAGCAUAAGGGGCUUGUCCAGCCUUUGGGCAACCAGCUUCUUCCCCCUGAACCAGCGGGAGUUUGACUGAGCUCCAGGUACUUCUAGUAGUGCGUUGCUCACCUUUAAGAUUGUUUUAAGCAGGCAUUACCAUGUCUGAUCAGAUAUUUGUAAUCACUCAAAUUGUUUCAUUACAGAGUGGCCUAGUGUGCAUGUGGACCAGCUGUUUUUCCAUGCAGCCAUGACCUGUUUUAUUUUUUAACCUUUUGAGAAACUUUAUCUCCAACCAAGACUGUUCACCACUCUGAGUCUGGAGCCACCUGCACACUGCAUGGCCACGCUCAAUCCGAAUGCUGUUGCCUGUUAAUGUCAUAAUGAGAAAGGUUGGGGAGACAGGGUUGGGAACCAAGAGGAUAAUCUGGAUUUUAGUUUGGGAACUAAAACUAGUUAAUCUGUUUUAACUUUAAAAAAAGAAAAAAAAAAAAAAAGAAAAAAAAUAACAGCUUGCACCAAAGUCACCAAAGAACCUUUAGGAAAAUGUUACAGUUGUGACAAGAAGUAAGAAAGUUAAUUUCACUGUUUUAGGUGAUUCCCCCUUUAAAACCAUAUAUAGCAGUUACAGCAACCAAGCCUUUGGCUUAGUGUCAAAAACUCCCAUCCCUUUCUCCAUAGGUUGCUCUUUCAGGUCCCUUUUCAAACCUGGAAGAGGUUUCUCACUCCAUCACUCGAACAGCCAGUGGACCAUGAUGAAUCAGCGGGCGUUGUGCGGGGUCCUGGUUCAGCGGCGCUCUCGCGGCUUUCGUCCCAAUGGUUUUAACAGGUCAAUUAAAAAAAAACCCCACCAAACCCCACGUUAAAAGAACUCCACAUCCUGUUAUGGUGUGAAACCAGAAUUUAGUGAAUGAGUCGUUGAUGCGUACAUUAGCGCAUCGCUGACUGCUGCUGCCCGUCACAGUGCCUGAGGUAAAAAAAUUCACUUCUAGUCCAACAAACCGGAGCUAUGAAUGUACGAACUUUUUAUGCUCUUCUUCCCUGUGUGUGCUCGGCAUCUCCCAUCCCUGCCUGCCUUUGCCUCAAGGGAUCGUAAAAGCUCCUGGGUUGGAAUUAGCCUAAGUGGCCGAGUGUGUUGUAAGUGCUCCUGCCUUCCCCAUGUUCCUGUAGCAUUGGUGAGGAAAUUAUUCAUGAUUGGAAAGGGAUGUUUUCUUCACCAUUUUAAAAGAUGCAAAAAAGGAUGCAAAAUUGCUUUCCUUAUUGCUGCUCGUUUUUAAAAAAAACUCUUUAUCUUUUGUUAGUGAAUUGGCCUUCCAAUGCCGUUAGUUUCUUGUAAAUGUCACCCAGGAAUCCAGCGACGGCCAGCCUUGGUUCUGGCAUGCAGGUAUCCCAUAGGAUCCGCUCAUGUAUUUACUCCCCUGGCACAGGAUGCACCUUAGUAUCCAAACCUGGCUCGGGAUCUUCACGUUCAUUGCCGAUCUCUCGUGGGUAGAGCAGCGGCUCUGGGUUUCCAUUGCCACGGGAAGCACCGGUGUUGGGUUGGGGGAGGACGGCUCUCCAGGCGAUGGGAAGCGGAUGUUGGGCUGGAGAGCAGUAGGGAUGCACUUGGAGUGUAGCAAUGCAAGACUUGAAUGGUGAGAUUCGGAAACGGGUUCCUUUGUAUUUUUGGCAGUGCGUCCUCAGCUUCCCAGAGCAGUGACCGCUCGGGCUGCUGGUGCCCAGCAGGGCCCAGCGAGAAAGCUCCGGAACGGUGAAUCCCUGAUGUGUUUUAAGUGUUUGUUCCUGACGCCCUGAAACUGCCAUGUCCCUUAAACUUGAGAAAACACAAGCUUAUUUGCACUAGAAAGAACGGCCAAAAACAAUCCUUAGGAGGACAGGGUGAAGAGCACCGGUCUGAACCUCUUUUUCUCAUGAGAGAAUUUCCUAUUCAAGCCCUCACCUCUGUUUCAAAAUUCUAUGGUCCCGGCAGAAAGUCUGUCAGUUGAAUUAUUAAAUCCUAAUGCACUUUAUAUUGUGUAAAUAAUGCUAGGAGCACAUUUCUGCUCCCGCUCCGGUAAGGGGAUGCUUUGGUAACGUAGUCUAAUACCGAGAGAAGCCGUCUCCUGCAUGCACACCUGUCUGUUAGAGACCUGUUGAUCCUGCUCGGUCCAGCUCUGCUCGUGUGUUAGAGGAGGACAGGCACUGUAUUGAGGAUCCUCUCAAACCACCAAGAGUGGGAUGAUGAUUUGGUUUUUUACAUUGCAAUGUUGCAGAGCUGCUGAGCGCCUUCAGCUCCGCCGUCGCAGUGGCUCCUCACCCCUUCCGCAAACUGGGCCCCCCAUGUUGCUGUCGGGGCUUAAAGCCGAGCUUUGCUCUUGUAGUCUUGACAGAACCAAGUCCAGCAGCUGCCCCGUACCUGGCUUUCCCUGCUGCUGGUGCCAAAGGCGGGGUGGUCCCUGCAAAGCUUAUCCCAGAUGGAAGGGGCUGGGGGGCUUCCCCUGCCUUGCAGCUGGGGGAACGUUGUGUUGGGUGCGGCCCACGGAGCUGGCUUUCCUGGUAAAGUACAGAGCUAUGGAAGGGUUGGGAAGCAUUUUGCACUGGUGUGGAGAGGGCAGAACCCUCCCUCGUGGGCUCCUUGUGUGCAGCCUGGAUGGACGGUGGACUUUACCCAGCGAGAAGCUGCAGUGGUUAUUGGUAUCUACUCGUCGUCGUUAGUGUUUCUUAUCUGUAUCCGAUAUAUACCGAUUCAUAUCCACGUAUAGGCAUUACUAUAUUUAUGUGAGUAUAUUGUAGCCUGUAGUAGCUCGUAACGAAAUAACCUUAUUUAUCUGAAGUGCAGUCUGAGGAGGGGACGUCUGCUCCCACCACCGGUCUGGAUAAACACGUUAUUCCAACCAGGGCUGGGCGUGAGCUCCUGGCCGCAGCCCUCGGAAGAAUCCUGUAGGUUUUCAGCAGGGCAGCAAGGGGAAGCGUAGUUAAAAGAAGGCAAAGCUCUUCCUUGGAGGCGUCAUUGAGGAGAGGUGAGAGCUGUAAAGAGGCAGCUGCCAGCCACGUCAUGUCUGCGUGCCAUUUUACAACCCCUGGCUCUGCAAAUCUGUACUGCCAUGUUCAUAAAAUCCCAAGCAGAAGUAUUAUAAUCACGUCCUUUGUACAAAAAAGAACCCCCGAGCAAUUAUCAAAAUCAAUGUCAGCACUUUUUUUUUUCAGCUACAGAUGUCCUAGUCUGAUAAUUGCAUCAUUUUUUUUCCCCUAUGGCCUAUUGAAGUGACCUAAACUCCCAGGGAAGUGAGCUGCUGGUGGUUAGGAAGCCUUCUGCUUGCGUGACUUGCAGUCUUGUUUUCCAAUUCUAGUAAUUUUUGUAGUAGAAAGGAGUUUAUUAUUGUGUAUUUUCACUGGGCAGAUUUUGCACCAGGUCAAAAAUUAUCUAAUAAGCUUUUUCAGUUUCAUGGCAUUCCCACUUUUGCUGUACAUACACUAGAUAUAUGCAAUUUAUUAAAGAAUUCCUGAAGAAAAUUAGACCUUCUGUUUAAUUUUCUAUGCUGCUUACUCCAAAAUUAAGUUGCCCUUUAUUUUUAAUGAUUUAACAUGAUGUGAUGUCUAAAAUUCACCUUUCCCUUCCUUUGCUUUCAUGUAAAGGUUGUGUUUGAAAUUAAGAGUUUAUUCAAGAAGGAGGGGAUAUAAAGGCUGCACCAUAAGCUACACCCAAGCGAGGCUGCCAUGGCCACAGGAAAAGAGCCCCAGCUAGGGGAGAAGGUGCUUCUGGAUUUGGGGGAUUUGGAAAAAGCUAAAGCCAGAUCUUUUGCUGUUCUGUUCCUCCAAAACCUGCGGAAGCCUUCAUGGGCUGACAUCAAUUUUUCUUCCUAAUAUUUUGUCAGCCUGUGUUCAGUUCCCCACCUGCACCUCAAUAAAGGCAACAGUAUAUAUAAAGCAUUGAGGUGAAGUAAAAUAUCAAGAACUCCUGAUAGAUGACAUGGAUUAAAAAUUGGUUUUCCAGAAAUGUCAGAGCGUAAAUUGAGGUUUUAUAAGGCGGAUGUCGUUUUGGCAUUUCUGUGAUGGAUGUAAUUGGAUCGCUCCCUCCCCGUGCAGAGGGAGGCAUCACGUGGAACCCGGACCCGCAGCCUCGGGGCUCUUUCGUGUGCACCAACUUCUGGAAAGGUGCAGGUGCCUGCUGGCUUUCUCACGUGUGGGGAAUGUGGUGGUGUUCCUACUAGCCUGGCCUCCAGGGGCCUGGCUGCCCCCCCCAGUAAAACCGUCAUUAGCGACUUGCUAAUUCAUCUUCUUAAUUGCUAGGCUGCACAGAAACGCUUGGAGUAGCACAUGGAAAUUGCUAGCUCUGCACAGAGCCAAAACUUAAAGAGGCAUAUUCUGUCUUUUUGGGGGUUUUAGAGCCAUCCAACACACCAGUAUUAAAGUGGGAGGGGUAACUACUCCUGCCCUGGAGGUGUUGGUUGGACACACAGACAAUCGGAUGGAUUUCUUACACAGUGGAGGAAAUCCAUCCGGCAGGCGGGAGUUUGCGUCUGCUCUUGGUCCUGAUCGUUUGCCAUGCAGAGAUUAAUUGGAGGCAGAGAUGGCCCUCGGUGGCGGCUGCUGGCAGCCGGAGAGAGCCGAGGCUUCGUGCCCAGCCCCACUGGCACAACAUCUGUCAAUUCAUAUGUGGGCACAAAUGAACGCAGAGGCGAGGGAGAGAGGAGUAUUAGAGAUAGAUAUGCACGGGCAUAUUGCAAAUACUCAUUUCCCCCCUGUUUCCAAUAGGUCCUUCCCUUGGAGACAUUAAACAGACUAUCUGUCUGUUCUGUUUCCCGUAUUGGAGAUGAUCAGCGUGCAAUAGGAGCGAGAUGAGUUUCACAAGCAAUAUCAACAUACUCUACUACUAACCUUAAAUCUUUACACUGCAAUAGAAUCUGCAUUUCAAAACAGCAGAGAGUAUGUGGGAUAAAAGACACGGGUUAACCCCAGGCUCUUACAAGUAUUCCCAUCUGGUCCUUGUUGGGAGCACAUGUUGUUGGCACAAUGCAGAGGGAGAGGGGGAGUAAGAGCAGAGAUAAGUGCUUCUCACCAAGGCAGGGGAACAAAAAGGCAGGAGGGGGCGGAGGGAAGCGAGGACAGGAUGCGUGCUCCAGGGAAUCAUAGAGCAUGGUGGUGGUUGUAUCCCUAGUAGGAGGAAUAGGCAGCACCUUCAGCACUGGAGUCCCACAGAGCUGGGGAAGGAGACACAGAGCCUGGAUCCUGAUGCUGUACUCCCUGGGGACCAGGGUGGUUCUCUUGGGCUGGUUCUCCUUCCUCUUUGGGAUCAGUAACACGCUCUGCAAGUGUCUAACCUUGCCAACCAUCCCACUGGGGCCAAGUGUGUCCAAUGGGUGGAGUUACUGCUUUUACAGCUCGCUCUCAGAGGCUCACGUGGCUGGGCUCUUGCUGGGCUUGCCCAGGAAUACAGGCAGAAGCUCAGAGGAGAACUCAGUUGUUGGUGGCCUGUAAGGUUUGCUGGUGCCAUCCCAACUUAUGGAUGCUUGUGUGUGCUUUUCACCAGAGCCUUGCUCCACAUCGGCUGCCUCCCGCUCCAGGAAUGAGUGAUGGAGUGUUGUGUGUAUCUGUGGGGCAGCUGCUCUUUUCCAUUUCCAAGGAAAGGGGUUGGUGAAGGCUGGAGUGGAUCAGAGUAGAACAAAAGUGGCUUUCAAGAACAAUCUCAUGCCUUUGCAAAGGGUUUUGUAUGGUUUCUAACAAGACUCUGAGGAUGAUCACCACUUGUACCGCCUUUGCUUUCCUGGGCCUGCCACUCUGAGGGCUGAGGUGCAUCAGGGGUCGGUGUCAACAGCUGUUGAAAGCUGUGCUUUGAACCAGUGAAGUGCUGGAGUAAUUGUCUGGACUAUGGGAAAGCUGCCAGUGUGUGGAGCUGGGCCUCCUGAUAAUGGAGAUGGAUUGUUUUGGCUUUAUCCUGCCUGUGCCUGUUCUCCACCACUAAAAGGGGGUGGAUGACACCUUCCUACCUCAAAGGAGUGCAAGAGUUCUUGUGAUGGUCUGAUGCUGAUCAAUACUGAUGGUAUCCGGAAGCGAGACAGGGAGAAAUUUGGGGUGAAAUGUCGUGUUUGGAAGGUUUGGAACCUACCUGACUCUAAACUUGAAUUUGCCAAGUGCAAGGAUGCCUCUAAUGUGCAUUUCAGGGCCAGGUACAGAGCAAACAGCAUCCAUAUUUUUCCCAAGUUGAACAACCUGGAAAAAAUCUGUUCUUUUAAAUCUCUCAUGCUGGAUACUCCCAGCUCCACACUCCCUCCCUAAGCUAUUUCACCCUAUUUCCUGUCAGAUACUUUUCCUGCUGUCCAGUCCAUGUCCCUUGCUUCCAUCUAAUUCUGUUGCUCUCUGCCUUACAGGCCAUGCUCUCCAGAGGAGUUAUAAAAACAGUUUGGUUUCUUCCCUGCUGCAGCUCUUACACAUAAUUAAAGGCUGUUGUCAGGUCUCUUCUGCAUCCUUUCCAAAGGAAAUACAGAACCUUCCACAUGGGGUAAUUUUUAGCCCUGGUCAUGUUCUUGUUGCUUUCUGAUGAGUCUGUUCAAACACAAAUGUAGGGAAAGCACAAUAAAUGACAAUAUAAGCUCCCUGUGCCAGCAUGUUUGGAAAUACAGCUUUUCCCUUAGGUUCCUAAAUCUCCUAGGAUAGUGUGUCAAGAAUCACAGAAAUACUGGCAUGAACUUUCCCUCAGUAACAUUUUUGGUGUGAGGAGAUCUGGGAGUUCUGUGUAGGUCCAAGGAGAGACAAGCUCCUGCUGUCCCACAGUGCCACCACUGCACAUGAAUAUAUGAUGUAUAUUCAUCCUAGCAGCUUCCAGAGGGGCACAUGUGUCAGGCAGCUAUUUCUUCCCUCCUCUUCCUAGGGAAAAGGCUGGGUGUGCCAAUGCAGCCCUGGCAUUUUGAACAUAAAUCAAUUAUCCCUGCUGUUCCAUGUCCAGGGGGGAUCUGGAGCACGUUGUGUGCUGGCAGCAGCGACCCCGCCGGCUUUGAGCAUGAGAGCAAAGCUCAGGGCUCCCAGGGAGUGAGCCCAGCCUGGCCUUGGCAGUGCUCCCACUGCUUCCCUUGGCAACUGGUUCUGAGCAGGAGCUGUUCUGUCUCUGCACGUUCCCCCUGGACCUGUGGCUGUUUUGCAAAUUGUCACUUUUGCUUUGGGCACGGAGGAGGCUGCUGUGCUGCUGCCUGGUUGGGAGGUACCUGAUGGAAAAGGAAGCUGGCAGGGGGAAUCUAAGGCCAGAGACCUUAGGUUCUGAGAGGGAGGUGAUGGAGCACUGCUCUGGAGUAAGUGCAGCUCAGUGUGCAGUCAGCAGGUAGAUGGGUUUUCUGUUUGGGUUGUCUUCACCACACUGCUUGUUCUUUCCUCCUAGAUGUUGGAACACUUCUGAGAUCUCUAUAGGGCUGCCUAGAACAGGAAUCUGUGAGGGAACUGAGUGGCCUCCAAGGACAGUCUUUCUCCCGAGCCUCCAAUAAGCAUGGCAGAGUGUUUGAAAAGUGGAGCAUUGUGCUGGUGGCACUUUGAAAAGAGUUUUUCCCAGGUAGAUAUCCUAUCAGGGGUGAGCAGAGGCUACUGACAGCCAAGAACAGAGGGCAAGGGUAUCAUCUAGUUCUUGGCAGUAGCAUUUAUCCUAGAUUCAACAACUCAGUUUAUGUGCACAUCCCUGUAGUAAGUGAUGAAGUUUUUUAAUUUAAGCCUUUUUAAUAAUCUCCCCCAUCCUGGUCAAAUUAGGGAAAGAGUUUUCUGGCUGAAAUGUUUACCAGUAAGCUGAGAAUAGGCACUGUUUCACAAGGUGAGCCAAACUUCUGUGCCUCUUACCUCAGAGCAUAUCCUUUAAGCUGGCAUUACAUUUCUUGCUCCAUCUGGUUGCCAAACAUCAAGGUCACUAAAGCAGCGCAGGCAGAAACCCCUGUAGGUGUUUAUAUGGCUGAGUGCAUAGGGACAUUCUCCUCUCACUUUGCUGGCAGUGCCUGAUCCUGCUAGUGUUGUCCCUUUUUCCUUCUCGAUCACAGAGUUCAUGUCUAGUUCAUGACCUGGCUUGAGGGCCCUAAACCUCUUUUUUUUCUUACAAGUUCAGCAUCUUUUCCUUAAGCUUUCAUUAUGAAUCCCUCUGGAAAUGUUGUGCAAAGCCCGAAUGUGCCUUGGUUCCCUCCUUCACUGUGCGUUUGCUGGCUGCUGCAGCCAAUGUAGGACAAAAAGAUGUGGAGCUGGCUAUAUUUUUCCCAGACAGUCGUUUUGCUCCCUGUCUGUUUUGGUGUGUUUUGGCCUCAGCUAUUCCAGGGAUCCUGUUCCACAGCUCUCACGUGCUUCUGCAGCUGCUGCAUGGCUGGUGGGGCUCUGGCAGACGUUACCUCUGGACUGGGCCAGAUUCCUGGGGUGAAGCUGCAGCAAAGCAGGAGUUAUUUAACCCUGCAGCCAGCCAUUCCCUCAGGGAUGGCUCCCAUGUGGAGAGGGCUCCAUGGAGCAGUUCCCUGGGGCAGAUCUGGAGCUGUGCUGGUGGCAGACUCCGAGCAGCCGGCGCGCACCAUCUCGCUUGUAGGCAAUGUCUGACAGCUUCCCCAGGGAUGAGCUUUGCUGCAUCUGCUGCAAGUGCUGCUCUGAGCUCAGGCUCUUCCUUCCCACCACAGCUCAAUGGCAUGCCUGGAUCCUUUGUUAUGUGUAACCUCAAUUUGGUUUCUUUGAGCAGUGCCAGGAUUUCAUUCUCCCCGGGACAUUUAAAUGGGGUGCAGAGUAAUUAGAGUUGCUUUUCUCUGCAUGUGUAAUAGCAAAUGCUUUCAAAUCAGUUUGGGAAUCGACCCAGGGGUUUGAUGUGGGUUUGUAAAUUCAGGCACGUGGGAGGAGAGUGCCCACAGCAAAGCAUGAAGAUGUGGAGAUAAGAGCUGUGCCUCUGCCAAGCUCCUGUCUCUCUCUUACAGUCCUGUACUGACUCCGCUUGCUGCAGUGGGAGCCACCAGGACCAGGGACCACCAGAGCCUGCCCAUAGCACCUGGGUCAAAGUGGCAGCAGACACCUGAGCUAGGCAAGGGACCACCAACCACAGGUACUGUGUGUCCUAUUACAGCUCAGAGGGAAGCUGCCAACAGCUUUUUCCUGGAUACCACAGGAGCCCAGCUCUUUCAUCCUUCCUCUUCUGCCUCUGGUGCAUCCUCUCUGGAGAGCCCAGAGGCAUGUCUGUCCUGGGAUCAGUGUGUGCCAGCAUGCAGUGUGCACAUAAUCCUGCUGCAUCCCGGCCUCCUCUCCAGAGCAGCAUUUACUGCUGAUGUCAGCACAGUCAUCCCUCAGUGCUGCCAGGGGUAACCCUUUGAGCUAACCACUGAUAAGUUCCUUCUAGCUGUCUUAUUUUAAAAAAAGAAAUUAAAAAAGAGGAGGAAGGUGCUGCAGUCGCCUGAUGAACAUUUUCAUGGAUGCUGCCAGCUUUUUACUGUGGGUUACCUUGGUGAAGGCAUAUUACAGAGACUUUUCUUUUAAAGAGAGCUUAAAACUGUCUGCUUGGCAGUGUGUGUUUUAUGCUGAUAGAUGUGAAACCCCGAGAAAACCCCCAAUCCAGACCAGGAAGCAGAGGUGGUGCCCACUUAACUGCUGCCUGCAGCAUCAAGCUGCACUUUAACCUGUUGCUUUUCACACCUCUUUCCUGCUCUUAGGAGGCACCUUCUAAAGCUGGGAUAACCUUCCUAAACCUCGCUCCUCAGGCUCUUCACAGAGGGAAGUUCACUCUCCUGCUCCCUUCUGCAGCCCUCGAGCUGUUGCAAUAGCCCUUGAGGUGCUCUCUCUCCUUGUUCAAAACCCACGCCAGCCUCUUCCUCUCAGCGAGGCUGAAGAUGCUGUGCAAAACAAGCAAGAGGGCACAAUAUGGGGAUUUUUCACUUGCCUCAGCCUAAAAACCAGCCUCCUCCAGGCUCUCAGUCUUCCAAGAGCUUCCCACCUUUCUAGCCAAGUGGUUUGUUUGCAAGAAGAAAAAUUGGUAGCUUUGUGCUAGCUAUAACCGGAGUCCUCUUUCACUAGUGCAGGCAUUUUCUCCUUUGAAUUCUGUCUGAAUGCAGAAACUAUUGUGAAAUGAGAGCAGUAAUAUCAGGAAAGGGGAAAGCAGAGUGCUCCUCUGGAUAGGGUUUGAUACAAUUUGAAGCUGCUUGUGGAAGAUUGGCUGGAAGGUAAACUGAUUUGGGCUUAAAAAAGAUGGUGCUGGUAAAGUGUGUUAGUGACUCUUCAGCAGAUGGUCCAAAAUAGCUUUUUUAUGGUCUCUGACCUCUAGGAAAGAUAACUGUAUUUUUGAUCUUAGAUUGAAGGGGCAAUUUCUGCUGGAAGAAACUUGUGUUCUUUAGAAACCAUCCCAGGCUGGCAUUUACUGUCAAAAACGUUUCAUGGGAGUGGACAGAAAACAAGCAAAAAAUCACACAUCUGAGUCAACCCCAGGAGAGCCUUGCAGGAUGCUGUGGCUGAGCUAUAUCAGAAUGAGAUCGACCAUCCAGUAUUCAGGAUAGGUCCUGUUGUCAUCCAUCCUCCUGGUGGUCCAUGGCCACCAGAAUUUCCUGUGAGGGUGUGAUUAGUCAGGAGCUCCUGGUUUUGUAGCAUCUUGGACUGCAGAGGAGUUGUGGCCCCAAGGAGAAGCGUUCCACUCUGACAUUCCCGCGUUGUGUGGGAGCUGCAGUGCCCAUAUCAGGUGGUGGUUGCUGAGCUGGGUAUUGAGUUACAGGGGUGCCUUUCCAGAGCAGUACUUGGUCACCAGCUGUUGUCCAGGACACUGUGCCUUUUGGUACAGCAGCAAAAAACCACACCUUUCUCUUUGAAUUUCAAGUCAGGGGCCUGUUUUCUGCCAAGCUACCCCCCACCGUUUCAAAUGUAUUUUAUUCUCCUUUUCUUUGCACUGGUCCCAUUCCGCUCCGCUCAACAGCUGCUACAUUUAAUCCUAGAAGCUGCAGUUGGUAGGGAGCAAAGUGAUCUCCAUAUAACCUCUCUGUUACUCAUAAGCGUGCAUUAUGAAGCUUAACCGAUGGUAAUAAAAUGUUUUGCUUUCAACAUGCUGUCCCUGUGGUCCAAUGUUCCCGUCUUCAGGCUCCAUCAUUGCGGCGGGGCGGCGUACCGGAGCUGUUCUGCUGCUCCCUGGGAACGUGCCUGGGAAUACUGGAUGUAGGCCUCAUGGAUACCCAGCUAGGAGGGAUGGAGAAGGUGGAGCAGAGUCUUUUCCAUAGGUAGUGGCACCAAGCAGCUUUUGGAGGAAGAUUGUGUCUUGGCUGGGACCCAAGUGCAGGUUCCCAUCUCCCUAAGAUUGUCUGGCACUGCAAUCUGCUGUGAGAGGCUCUUCAGGGAGCAGAGGAACAGAUUGCAGUCCUGCUGCUUGGUUGGGUUUUCUUCAUCCCUUUCACAACCACUCUGCAGGUUCAUGGCUUUAUUUGGCUUCUUGUGUUUCCUGCAUACUAAAAAAGGGCAUUUUCAUGCCAUCCUGCACGAUGGAUGUUUUUGUCCAGGGGGGGAAAAGGAUGUUUCUCAUCCACAUUUAAGUAACCAUACAAAAAGUGGAAAGUCUGCUUUAGGAAUUUGGGUUUUGUUUACACACCAUUGAUGCUUUUAUUAAAAGCAUCUUUUCACAUAUAAAUAAUUUAGAGGUCAUAUGAUUUUCCUGCUCUGAAACGAAAGCAGGGAUUUCAAAGCAGGGAUCUCCAAGCAUCAUUUCUGUGUCACGGUGGGUUGCAUUAGCCCUACAGCUGCCUUUUGUUGAACAGAACAGGGUUCUUCUAUAUUUGAGGUUUGUGGCAUUGGGUUUCAAAGAGGAAUUUUCCAGACAGAGCCCCCCAGAAGGUAUCAGAAUAUAUGGCUUUGUCAGGCAACGAUAACAGCUUUUUUCCUGGAGAUUGCCAUUUUGUAAAUAAGCUUCUUCUCCAGCGGCACAGCUACAGCUAGGAAAGAUGGAUGAUUAUUUCUUCCCAGAAUGGGUCUUCCGCUGCAGGAUCUGGUUUUUAUUGCGAUAAUUAGCAUAGAAUUAAAAAUGGCCCCACAUCUUCAGUUUGCACUGUAGUGUCUCUGGUACCCAGCAGCCUGGGCUCGUGUUUUCCUUGGAAAUAGGCUGUGUCUGGGAAUCGCUUGAUUCACCACUGAAAACCAGUGCACAGAUAUCUGCAGCCUUCAAUGCAGCAAAAUCCUCCGCCUCCAAAAAGAAAUUACUGCUCCUAAUGAACUUUCAAAUCAGUUGUUUUUUGGAGACUGGGAAAGUUGCUGAGGAUGUUUAGGUGAAAAUCUAGAGCAGCGGCUGGAGCAGUUUUAAAGGCAUUUAUAAAUGCCUUUAAAAUCUGGAGCUUGGGUUAAAGGUGAGGUCAUGGGCAAGCAGACAACUUUUUCUCCUAAAAAUCCUGUAAUAGCUUUUCUUUUUAAAAAUUUAACAGGGUUGCCACUCCAGGUGGAGGCAGAAUUAUAAGAAGUGUCACACACAAUGACAAUGUAUCUGUAGGAGAAUCUAAAGCCGCAGAAAUGCAGCACCACGCGUAAACUUCCUGGUGAGAGCCGUGCAGGAAAUUACUGAGCAAUUGGACACGGUGUCCUAGCAUUAGAUUUAUUAUCCACUUCCAAAUCAUCUGCCAAAAAUCCUUUCCAUCGGAAGACAGGAAAGAACAUGUUAUAAAAAGACCUGGAAAAGGAGUCCUUUUGGCACGGGAGUUUCCAGGCUGGUAAUUGUCCAUGCCUUCAGUGUUUGGGUUUGGUCUCAACAUUGAGGUCAAUGCUACUUAAACCAAAUGUGAUCCCAGUGCCUACAUAUGGCACAUGCUGAGAUGUGCCAGUCUUGCAGGAUCACUCCUGGAAUACAGUCCUGGAAGAUGCUUCUUUGCCCAGUCUAUUGCUCAGUGAUUGCUUUUAAUUCCACAAGGCUCCAGCAUCACUUAGGGAAGGCUGGCAUGCUUUUCCCUUUUUCCCACAUGACGGACUUGUUCCUUACUGGGUGGCAGGGUCAUGGCCACAUCCACAUGCUUGUGUACAUUCCCCUGGAUAUAUCAUUCCAGAAGUUUCUUGUCUGGAUGGUGGACUGAGAUGGUGGUGUUUCCCCACCAUGCACCUUGUUGCUCUCCUCACUGCGGGGCACUGCUCAUAUCACACUGCACUUCUCCAGCUCCCACAUCUUUUCCUUUCUUUCCAGUUGUGUGCAUCGAUAUCCCCUGUAUGCACAACCUUGCUAUUUGUGUGUUAAAUCCAGCUCUUUCUGGCAGUAAGGGAAAUAAGUGACGUGAGUUGGUAGCUCUGUUUUCACUCCUGGGAUAUUAGUGUUCCCUGCUGCUGGAAAAGCAUCUCCCUAGUGCUAGGUCUCUGAGGAGAAACAUGUCUGCAGCUGUACCUGCAGCAUCCCCCACAGAUCCUGCCAGCUCCAGCAGCUCAGUACUCAGUACUCAGUACUCAGUACUCAGUACUUAAAAAGAGCUUUCUCCAUAGAAAAGAUCCACAUCCACCUUGGAUGCACCAGAUGUAACACAGCCAGAUGUUGCCUUGUACAACACUUGGGAGAGUUGGUGGUCCUGUGGUGAGUUUUUUGGGGUGCUUGCUGAAACAUAGUGAGAACUAAAGGUUCUGCUUCGUGUGAAGAGGGAUCAGGCUGGGUGAUGGGACAGUUGGUGGGAAGUGUGUGUUUACCGAGGGAAAAGGGAAUGCUUGUCAUCUGUUGGGAUGAAUCCUCCUUUCCCAGCUUCUCCCCAGGAGCAUGCUGAUUCAAAGUCCUUCUCUGGAGCUUUGUUCCUCAUGAAAACCAGUGUUUACCAGACCGCCUUCAUCGUCUCGUCCUUGUGUUCGUUGUCCUUUGGCAGGUAGGGUGGUUAAGAGAAACAAGCCAGCUUAAUGCAUGGUCAGGAAGCUGCAAUUAAUGAAGCAGACCACAAGUAAAUAGGUAAAUAGGCUAAGCUGUAAGAUAGCGUGUAAGAGGAGGCAGUCUGCCUCUGCAAAGUGCAUGAUAAGCAUCGGCCAAGCUUGUUGCAGACACUGGGCAAGGCUGCUUUCGCUAGACUUUGAGUAUCCUAGUUGCAAAGGCUCGUCAGUGUUCCUAAAGGCUCUUGGUUUUGGAGUGGGCUCGUCCUUUGUUUUCUGUGCGCCGUGACCGCUUGCUUCCUGAGCGGGUUCGUAGUGAUGGAGUUCAUGGAGCUGUUCUUUAUAGUAGCCUAAAAGGUGUCAGUCGUUUGCUCGUGUGUGUUCACAAGCUGAACCGUGGCGUGAUUUGAAGCACUUUUGGUGUGGCAUGUGCAGUUGCAGUGCUGUCUGUUUUUAAUUUCCCCCAGGGUAGCGUCCCCGCCUUCCCCCGUGUUUCGGACACUGAACCAAACCGAUGCUGGGACUAGCACUUUAAGUACUAGCAGUCACUUUGCUUCGGACUAAACUGAGCACUGCACUUUUGUACCUACUGUUAGCACUGAGUUUUCAACUCUCUUCUUUUCCCCAGCUAUUUCCCCUCCUAGGCGCAGUGUUAAUUAUGUAGGGGCCAUCAGAAGAAAAUUUUGAGGUGUGUUGGACCACUGUCCAGUGCCUGAUUUUCAUUACAUAUCCAUUAGCCACCUGAGAGUAGGGAAUUGACCCAUCCAAGUUUGUUUUACACGACAGCACCAACACCUACAGGCAGAUGUGGUGGUUGUUGUAAACUUUGAGGUCACAUGCAGACCCAAGGGCAUGGCUUUUAAAAACACCAAAGAUGCAGGAGAAGUCUCAAAAGGGAUUGGGAUGGUGCAAGAUCAUCUCCUUGGCACCUGGAACUGAGUGGAGCGGGUGCUCUUGUGUCUGGUAUGGGACCCCGGUGAGUCCAUGGGACAGCCCAGCCCAAACCAGUCUGAGAGCCUGGUGCCAAUAAAGGCUGUGCUCAAGCCACUGCAAUAAAAGCCAUCAUUGUGCCUGCACUGAAAGUGCUGUUGGGAUUGGUCGUGGGCUUCAACUGCAAAAGGCAUUUUGAAGUAAAAAAGAUUUACAGACCAUUUGAAAGAUGGAGCACAAUAACCCUGGGGUUUGCUGUUGGAUUUGGAAAGCGUUGUUAGGAGUUGAUCAGCUCUCAUGUUCAGAGGCAGUUCAGAUGUGCUAUUCCUGUUAAAUUCCUGUGGUAUUUCCAUAUGGAAGGCCAGGGAUCAGAGCUCCCUUGCCAGCAAGAAAGCAGCAGGGUAGAGUUAGUAGGAAACAUAGUCAGAAAUCUCUAGGAUUUGGAAUGGUGAUCCCUGGGAUGCUGAAUAAUCUGGGUUUUGCUGCCCCAAACCACCCACUCCCAACCACCUGGUGAGGUUUUGCUCCUUUAAGAGCCCCUGUGGGUUUUCCACAGCAGCAAAUGAAUCAUGGUGUGUAUGAGAGCCCCAUGUUCCCUUCAUGCCAGGGUACCCACACUUGGGACUGCUGCUCAUCAUCCUUGAUGAGCCCACAGUCAAUCCAAACCCUUCUCUGGCAAUCCUUCGUGAUGGGAGUUUCUCCCCGGUGACACUUGAUGGAUAAACCCUGCCAGUGCAGCGUGAUCAGUGAGAACGCAGAGAAGGGAAUUAGGGCUUCUCCUUCACUGCUGCUAGCAAGGGGCCAGCAUGGAAAUAACCUUCAGCAGCAAAAAGAAAUGGGUGUGUUGGGUUUCCCUGUUGCAGCAGAUGGAGGAGUUUUCCUAAACAGCUCCAGUUUUAGUGGCUGGUUUUGUUGGCUUCCUUCUUCAGGGGCUUGGAUAUUCAUUGGGAACCCGAGGUGGUUAAAAACCCCAAAUCUUGAGCAACCCCAAGUAUUAUGCUCUUGCAUCCUCUGUCACGGAUGUAGAAACAGAAAUAAAAUCAGCAUUUUGGGUGGGAUUGGUUCUUUUUCUUCUUCACCCCCCCCCAUCCCCAGCCAAAUUAUCCCUGCAAAUUUAGCUUUAAAGAGAUAGCACCAGGCCAUGCUGCUGCUCUGUCUGAGCCCCCAGAAUUAUGGUGGCUGAGGGAACAGCCCUUUCAGAAAGUACCCUGGUGACUCAGAGCCCACAUCCUGCUCACUGUCACCAGGAUAAAGGCAAACUAUUUGGAAAAUCACCCCCCCCCCCCCAGCAAGCCCACCAUUCUCACUGAGUCCUUGGAAAUAAGCUUGGGAGAAAGGGGGAUGUGGAACAGGUAUUUUUUGUCUUUUUUUCCCCCUCGGGUGUAGUUUUUUGUCCUUUGGAGAUGGCAUCUCAUCCUUUGGGAAGGUAGAAUUAAGUGUUUUCUCCUGCCUGUCACAUUUGAGGCCUGAAUGCAAAUCCUAGCACAGCACCCUUUGCUCUGGAAGGGCCUUUUAGGUGGAAAAAAAGGAUUUUUAGUUGUUUGGGUUUUCAGAUAGCUUGUGGGAAGUGCAUUGUAAAGCACACAGGCAAUGCUUUACCAACCUUUUCUGUUCCUCCAAGAGAGACUUUUUAAUUUGCUUCAGUAGUUUAGAGUUUGUUUCCUUGAAAGUCUUUUUGGACCCAUGAAAAUGCCCUUGAAAUGAGUCAAGUUUAUCAAAACAAAAUUGUGCACACACCCAUGCACUGGCCCAUGUGUUCGUGCUUGUCUCCCUGGGUGUGUAUACACUCAGAGAAAUAGAUUACUUCCCAAAACAUUCUUUUUUAAUUUUUUUUUGGGUUGGUUUGGUUUUUUUGGGUUUGUUUUUCCCCACCCCCAGGAUAUUAACCAAAAGGUGUUUUAAAGUCAUGGCAUGAAAACUCCUAAAUGUAAAUCUGAGUACCUUGUGAUGCUAAUUAACAGAUUUUCUCCUGAAACUUUAUGUGAUGCUUAAUAUUUUCCUUAGGAGGUUUUGUUUAAUGUUAGAUCAUUGUUCUGGAGGAUGUUGGUCCUACUGGCAUUAAACUAAUGGAAAUUAAAUGCAUGUGUUACAAGUGUAGAAACGGUGAAGAAUUAAGUGUGAACUUACUGUACGAUACUGAUUCUGUUUUCAAACAAUCUGUUUUGCUGUUCAAUAGUUGACAUAUGGAAAUGCCAAUGUACUGUAAUUUAGCACUUUUCCAAUGGACCCUGUUCUCACUACGCCUGAGGGAAGAAGCAGCUUUGGCUCAAGGCCGACUGAGGGCGGCUCCUGAACCCUUUUCUGCGUGUUUUGGCCCCAGAAGUGGCCAGGUGGAGUGUCAAUUUGAGGUUUUCUCAUCACUUUGGUGGCUGCCACAGGCCAGAGUGGGGUGGCUCUUCCAUCCCCGUGGCCAAACCAGGGCCAUUGUGCAGCUUGGUCUGGUGAAAAGGAGGGUGGAGUUAGAUGAUUUGUAAAGUCCCUUCCAUUGUGGGAUUCUGGGAUUCCCUGAUUUGGGAGGAUGGGCUGGUGGCACUGUGCUCCACCAGUGCAUCCCCCCGGGAGCCAGGCUGGGCACGGGCUGUCUGAGCUGGGGUGGGAAAUCGGCCGAAGCAAUCCACAGUCCCUGAAAUCCAAGGGCAGAAGGGCCAGCUCAGCAGUCACCCCUCUGCAGCCCAAACCCUCCUUUCCUAGUGCUAACAGGGUGCAAAGUGUUACUUGUCAUGUACUGUACUGAAAGGGUUAAUUGAUCAGUGACUGUAUUGUACUGUAUGAAAACUCAUGAAUUGCCUUGUAUUGUUUCUAAUGGACUGUUCCAUGUGUCCCCACUGCCCCGUUGUUCCCAAAGGACUUUGCAUGUGCUCAGUUGGCUCCUCCAAACUCUCUGGUGCUAACUCCUCCCUAUCUGAUGGUGCUCCUGCGGACACCAACUGACCACAUGCCCGUCCCCAGCUUGAAGUCCACCACGUCUUUCUCGUCUGUUUGUAUCACACACACACACACACAUAUGAGAAAAAUUAAGGAUAAACUUGAAUUUGUUUCAAAGCCUCAUUGACAAUCUAAUGUUUUCUAUGUCUGCUUUUAUUUUGGGAUGGUUUUUCUAGAAAGCAGCUCGCCAGCACCUUCACCCUAGGAGGGGAUUUUGCCCUGUUCACUCCUCUGGCAUCUGCAGUGAGCUGCUCCCUCGCUGGCUUUUCAGGCUCAGCCACUGGAGCCAGUGAGGAAGAGGAGGUGCAGGUGCCUUCAAAGCUGCCCAACCCUAAAAAGCAGCUGGGAUUCUUGUGGCUGCUCGGUCCAAACAUAGGUGGGCGGGCACUGAUGGUCUUGGAGGGGAUGAGCCUGCCCCUUGCUUUGUAGCAAAAAUUGGCUUUUAAGGAGAAUGGAGGUGGAAAUUGAGUCCCAAAGGUGCCUCCGUCUCCUCCCAGCAUCAUUCCCGAGCCUGAGGUUUUCCAGGUGACACCCACCUCGGAUGGCGUGAACAGGGCCACCCCCUCCAACCCCCCACCCUCAUGCGAGCUGCUUUUUGGACAAAAUGAAAUCUGACUAUAUUUUAUAUCGAUUUGAAAACAAAGUCUGAUAUUUACCCCUGUUCUCAACUGAAUUUGCAUAUUGUUGUUUGCCACGAUAUUUGUUCUGUCCUCAAAUAAAUUUGCUUACUUGUGUAGUCUUAA